GAGAGAGAGAGACGUCUGUGUAUUUUCAGCCACACGCUUACAGCUGUGCAGCUACCCCACAUACGUGCUUCAUAUCCGGAGAGACAGUAAGAGGAAAAGGGAGAGAGAGUGAGACUGGCGUCCCUUGUAUUGUUUUUUUUGUGUGUGUUCAUAUUUUGCUCUGCAGACGCCUGCCUGACAUAUCUGCUCCCGGAUUUCACUUCAACUUUUUUUUGUUGCGGUUUUUGUACUGUUUUCCCUGUCGCAUUCCUCCGUCCUUUAGAGUCUCGGGAAUGAACUGUUUUUCUGCCUUCGUCGUUUCCAUCUCAGCAUGGGAGCUGCCGUGUCCAAAAGGAAGAAUUUAAGAAACGAUGCGAUAUCUUCUGUGGCAGCAAAAGUUAGAGCAGCACGAGCAUUUGGAGAGUACCUGUCCCACACACACCCUGAAAACCGAAACGGAUCAGCCCAUCUUCUGUGUGAAACCUUGGUGGGUCCCGACCCGGAAUCGUCGAGUGACACGAUUGGCCCAAACAACAACAACCAUCCCUGCUCCAACGUCACCAAGAGCUGCAAGGACAACCGAGAGCCCGGCUUGGUGAAACCCCCGCUGAGAGCAGUCCAGCCACCUCCCCCUUCCAUCACCAUCUAUACCAAGCCAACGCGGCUUUCCCUUGAGCGUAGCUUCUCAGCGGAGGAAGACCAGCAGAAGUGUGUAGAGUGCACCCUGCAGCCUGCCCGCGUGUACACCAUCACAACCCAGCGCGGUAUGCUGAUGAGCAGCGGCCGGGGCAGCAAGGAGAGCCUAGAACUGGACGUCCUGAAGGAGAAGUCGGGGAGUGGCGGGGUGGGAUCCAGAGGUGGCUUGAUCCAGCCCUCAACUUCCCCUUCCUCCGCCUCAUCGUCUCCAACCCAGUACCACCAUGCCAGUAGCGGCCGUGGUGUCAGCCAUCACCACCGUGGUAACCAUCCCCACGGGAACCAUCACCACCACACCAUCGCGGGCACCAACGCGCCCUCCAGCAGUGGAGGAAGUGGCGGGGCAAGUGGAAGCAGCAGUAGCAACCAGCAACAGUCUCUGAACGUCGCUGGAUCCCACUCCCAUGUAUCACACCACCACAGCCACCACCAUCACCUGUCUCAGCCCCCGCUGCAGACCUCCGUCAGCGCCCACAACAUCCGCAGCUGGGGCGAGGGUGGAAAAGGGGAGGCAGAGUGCAGCGGGCUGGCAUGUGACUCAUGCAGCGGAGCCCCCUCCCGGAGCCAGGGCUCCCUGGACCUGGAAAGCGCAUCCCGAGAGGCAGGCAAGCAGCACCGACGCCUAGAGCGGAUGUGGAGUGUGGACCGGAUGACUGGGCUGGAGAGAGAGGACACUAACUGGUUCCCCAAGGAAAAUAUGUUCAGCUUUCAAACUGCCACAACAACCAUGCAGGCGAUAUCGGCUUUUCGGGGAUUUGUGCAGAGAAAAAGGAGAGAGAGGGAGCAGAAUUCGGCAGAAGUCAUCCAGAGGAACUUCCGCAAGCAUCUUCGGAUGGUGGGCAGCAGAAGGAUUAAAGCACAGACAUUCGCUGAGCGUAGAUCGAAGAGUUUCAGCCGUUCCUGGAGUGACCCCACCCCUGUCAAGACUGACUCUCCCCAUGAACCCAGAGACAGCGGAGACCUGCAGGCCUCCUGUGGUACUCUGGACGAAGGAGGCCUCGAGGACAAUAUAGACUGGGAGGAGGAGAGAGAGAUGGAGAGGCUGGCCUGUGAAGGAGAUGACUUUGUACCUCCCAAAAUCAUGCUGAUCUCCUCUAAGGUCCCCAAGGCAGAGUACGUUCCCACUAUAAUCCGCAGGGAUGACCCCUCCAUCAUCCCCAUCCUCUAUGACCAUGAGCAUGCAACUUUUGAUGAUAUUUUGGAGGAAAUAGAAAAGAAGCUCACAGCUUACAGGAGAGGCAGCAAGUUCUGGAGGAUGCUCAUCUUUUGUCAGGGAGGCCCUGGUCACCUGUAUUUAUUGAAGAAUAAAGUGGCGACCUUUGCUAAGGUGGAAAAGGAGGAGGACAUGAGCCAAUUCUGGAGGAGGCUUAGUCGCUUUAUGAGUAAAGUCAACCCAGAACCCAACCUUAUCCACAUAAUGGGAUGCUAUGUCCUGGGGAACCCCAAUGGAGAGAAGCUGUUCCAGAAAUUAAAGAAUCUGAUGAGGCCUUAUUCUGUCGAGUUUGAGUCACCGCUGGAGCUGUCUGCACAGGGCAAAGAGAUGAUUGAGAUGUACUUCGACUUCCGCCUCUACCGACUUUGGAAGACACGCCAGCACUCCAAACUCUUGGACUAUGAGGAUUUUUUGUGACGAAGAAAGCAGGACAAUGGGUGCAGCGGAGCCCUCCAGUGCCACGAGGAACCUGUUAAAACUAAUUCCAAUGACUGAACAUCGCUCUACUGCAGUGCUCGACCCCGUCAACUCAAUAUAAACAGUCAUACCUGCUUUCAUGCGGGAGAGGACUGGGAGAGGAGGAAGAGGGAGGACAGGACAUGGAGGCUGAGGACAAAUAAAAGUAUGCUGUGCCUCUGCUCCUCCUCAUUUUCAGAGUAAGGAUCAAAGACUAACAAGGAGGGCAGAAGAAAUGCUUGAAAGAAAAAAUGAGGAAAAAGCAGAGACAAGUAGACUGUUCACGUCUUGGUCACCAACUCUCUUUGCCUCUCGAGUUUGAAAGCAAAAAAGAAUCAAAAAUUUAAAUGUGUAAAAAAGAAAUAUCAUUUUAGUCACACCUCUGUUGUAAGGACAUACUUUUUGAGGCUGAUGUGCUUCAGAAAAAUUGUUGAAACUUAUUCUGUCAUAAUGUGGUUCUGUGUUUUGACUGGACCUCUCAGAUAAUCUCAGACCCCGGAGACAUACAUAUACAUAAAUAACCCAUAUGUUGAUGUGUGUAUAUAUAUAUCACAUGAAUAUAUUAGCAUAGCUUAGUCAUGCAAAUAAUACUCCAUAUGAGAAUAAUGAUGCAUCACUUAUUUUUGAUGUGCAUUGUUGUGCAGUUUCAUAUGGAAAUACUUUGGAAUAACUCAGGUUUUAGCCAUGAAGUAAUUAAUAUGUUUGUCUAUUAUAUCAAGAUAUUGUAAUCUUCAUCGCCAUCACCUGGAAUGAAUGUAUUAUUUCUCUAGAAAUGUAUCUUUGGUCUGAGGAAUUGAGCUUCAUGUUUUGGUAACAAACUAAAAAGUAUAAUCUGCUGAUUUUGUGUGUGGGUGGGGGUGUGUGGGUGUGUUUUCCAUGUUAAAAACAUGCAGAUGUGAUGUGUGUAUUUUUUUCUUUCUGCUUCUCUGUUAAAGCAAAAGUAAUUGUUUAUCACCUUCAUCCCCCAUUUUUUUCUCUCUAUCUGUCACAUACACUCAAAAGACAAAAGACAUUCUUGUAUGAUUCAUGAUGUCAAGAGGGAUGUAACAGCCAUCCAACUGCUCCUACCCCUGUACUGUAAGAGUUGCCCUAAUGGUCCCUCCUGCUCCUUUGCAGAAGGUUCAGGCCACUUAGUCGGCCCCUGUCAACAGUGCCAGCUGCUCUCACUAUCUGCCAAACACUCUUGGCUUCUUUUGAUGGCAGCCAAACGAGCUUCCGCCACCUCUCACUUCACUGGGCUGUUGUCCAGUCUGAGGACCAGAGUUCUGUGAAUUAAACAGAUCUGCCAGGAGUUUAAGCUGUUAACAGCCAUCUGCUGCCCAUACCAGGUGUUAAAAGGCCAGAAAUAUGCACUGAGUGUUUGCCUGUGUCCAAGACUGUCGCACUACGACCUGACCUGUCUCAUAUAGAUUGAAGAUGGUUAAAUGUGGAGAGAAGCAGCGGAGCCUACUGCUGGACAGCAAUCUGAAACAAUGUAAAAGUGCUCACACACACACACACACAAAGGGCUGUGAUGAAAAGAAAUGUUAAGAAAUCUAUAAAUCAGGACAAAAUUAAAGGGGCACUUUUACAAAUGAAGUCAGUUUAUGUCGUUCACUCGUCAUGCCUGUGUAAACAUUUGUAUGAUAUCUUCUUUGGGGGAAGAUUUUUACAGUUAUCUCAGCUUCCACUUGAGACUUCAAACUUAGAACAGAAAGCCUGCUUUAAAAACUGGCAGGGUUAUUAUCAUAAACAGAAACUGAAACAAAAAACAAAAGAUAUCCUUUAAGUUAAACUAAAACUAAAGUGAUUAUAAAACAAGUUGAAAUUUCACAAUAAGGUAUCACAGUUAAUUUAAUGUCAUUUUGCAACACAAGGUUGCACAGUGAGACGAAAGAUGUAGUCCCUUCAUGGAAUACAAUACAUGGAACAUAUACACAAAUAUUUGAAUUAGAAGCAUUUAGUUGUUAAUUUUGUACAUGUAUUUUGUAUGUAUAUGUAGCUACAUACGUCUGCCACGUCAUACCUGGCCCUAACAAAAACAAAAUAAAACUACUGCAACCGAGUGGCAACAAAGGCGUGGAUUACUAAAAACUAAAUAUACAACCUUUCUGAAACUAAAAUGACAUCUAAUAGUCAGAACUAAAAGAAAAGAAAAAAUUAUUGAACAUUGAAAACUGUUAUCACCUUGCAAACUGGUAGCAUGGAGUUUGAAAGAUGCAGAGACAGGGAAAGUGGAAUGAAAGACGCUAUUGUUCUAUGGGAAGUGUAGGAUUCAGGGUUUCUGGGACUUGAAUCAUACUUCAUACUAAGUCAGGAUAUCUAAGCAUUUGUUGCUUUGAUUUUUUGUCUAAAAGCAUCACUAUUUAAUGGUAACACUAAAUCUCUUAGUACUCUUAGUAUUUUUAUGUUUUGGUUUUGUAUUCAGCAGAACAAUAAUCAAAUUUGCCUAAUGUAACAACAACUAAACUUAAACUGAAUUUAACUUAACACUGCUAUCCACUUUUUAUGUUGUCCGUAAGGCAGCAAUCCAAAGAAGCGUCACUAAGUCACACCACUCCACUGCAGUGUCCCACAACGACAUCAGCCCCUGAAUUUCAGCAAACCGUUUGAUUUUGUUGUUCUGUGUUUGCAUAGGUGAUGGCUAAGCAGAAAGUUUGUGCAUGAGGAAAAGAUUUAAUUUAUUUAAUAGAUUUCAGUGGUCCUAGCCCUGCAUAACACACACACACACACACAGUUGUGAAUGUGUUAAUAUUUGGAGCAUUAUGUGCAGACUUUUUUGUGUUAAAGUCAACCAGUCUCACUGGAGUGCUCCCUAUCUCUCUACUAACAGAACUCUGUUUUAAAUUUGCCCCCUCUCUGACAUUGCAGUGCCGGCCUACAGUUUGUCUAGCACAGGCAAGUGCUCUCUCAGCCUGAGUCACGCAGUUUCACUACAAAUCUAAAAUUUAACAGUUACGCAACCUGUAAUAACAUUGAGCCAUUUUAAUUCCAGCAGAAGCAUAAAGCUGCCAAAUUAUCAUAGAUGUUGCCCUCAGCUGCUGGGUUGAACUGAAUAUUUUUAUUUUCAGAUCAGAAACAUGGACAUUGGUUAAUUUAAAGCAAAGCAACGAUGUAAUGGAUUCAGUCAGUUCAUUAGGUGUUGAAAAAAAUCAAUCUCAUAUCCAGUCUAUAAAGAAAUGACCGUGAUAUGAAGAGCAUUCUGACUCAGGAGUUUGAGAGAGCUUUCUUGUUUCCUUCUUCAGCAAAAAAACAUAAACAUAAUUUCACUGGAAAUCUAAUUAAAGAUGCAAAUGUGUCUAUUUGUCGCUGUCAGUCUGUGUUGUACUAUUUGCCUUUUCAUUUCAUUUCCCAUAUUGUGAAAACCAAACAAGAAACAAGCAAGUUGUGGUUUGUCCUUUUGUUUCAUUAAAAUAUUAAGUUAAGCUAAGACAGAGAUACUGCUGUUUGUUAGGAAUGAUUUUAGUAUUACUUUUACUCUGACAAUUAUUUAAAAGAGCAGAUGAAACUCCGCUAUCACUCCUUCAUCACUACUUUUUAUUGCAUGAUUGAACAAAGUUCUGUACUCCAGGAUCCUUGCUCUUU